ACCAUUCUCACCUUUACUUUACUUUACUUACUUACCCCCUUCUCACCUUUUUCCUCUAUAAAACCCCACCUCUGUAACAUAGGGUUUUGGAGAAGAAGAGCAACCCAGUUUUCUUCUAAUCUCUCCCUCUUUUCUCUAACUACAGCCAUGGCUGCUUUACUGAGGUGUAACCUCACUCUCAUGCUCUCCACACUCCUCUUUCUCCACAUUCUAGUUGAAGUCUCAUCAGCCACCACAAUAACAAUGCACAACAAGUGCAGCCACCCAGUGUGGCCAGGCAUUCAGCCCAGUGCAGGCCAGCCCAUCCUAGCCAGAGGAGGCUUCACCCUCCCCCCCAACAAGGCCUACACUCUCCACCUUCCGCCUCUCUGGUCCGGCCGCCUCUGGGGCCGCCACGGCUGUGCCUUCGACGCCUCAGGCCGCGGCCGCUGCGCCACCGGUGACUGCGGCCCCCCCGCCACGCUUGCCGAGAUCACCCUUGGCAACGACCAAGACUUCUACGACGUGAGCCUCGUCGACGGUUACAACCUGGCCAUCUCCAUCCAGCCGUUCAAAGGCACCGGCAAGUGCAGCUACGCCGGGUGCAUCAGUGACCUGAACAUGAUGUGCCCUGUGGGGCUUCAAGUGCGGUCUCAUGACAACCGGAGAGUGGUGGCUUGCAAAAGCGCUUGCUCUGCCUUCAACUCGCCCAGGUAUUGCUGCACUGGCAGCUUUGGGAGCCCUCAGUCUUGCAAGCCCACGGCUUAUUCCAAGAUCUUCAAAGCUGCUUGUCCAAAAGCUUAUUCUUAUGCUUAUGAUGAUCCCACCAGCAUUGCCACUUGCACUCGCGGCAACUACGUGGUCACCUUCUGCCCUCACCACCGUUGAUCUUGAUCUCGUCUUUCCAAUCUGAAUUAGCUACUUAAUUAAUACUGAGUUAAUGCUCUGUUAACUUCAGAUUUGAGUGGGUUUUAUUAGCGUGUAUGAUGUACUGUAUUUGUAUUGUUGUAGUCCUGUGGCUUGCUAGACUGCUAGCUACUUUGCUGUGAUUAGAUGAGAAAAUGAUGGGUAUUUUGGUAAAGCCAGUUUUCUCUGA